CAGUUAACCAGAAUACCAAAAGCUUCUUCUUCGUUGAGAAACCCUCCACACUUCACCAUUUUUACAGCUGAUUUUUUCGAAUUGAAUCCUGAAAAUGUCGUCUGAAGACUCAAAGCCAGUGAGGAAAGUGGAAAGUGAUGACGGAGAAAGCAUUGGAUCUCUUCUGAACAGCAAAAAGAAACCUAACAACAAUGCCGGUUCAAAAUCUCAGCCUCCCAAAAAUGCUAAGAUGAAGAAAGAAGAAAAAGAUGAUGAUUUUGAAGAACCCAUUUCGAAAAAGAGUCCUAAGAAUGUUAAGCCCAAGAAGGAAGAACCUUCACCCAUGUCGAAGAAAAGUUCGAGUAAAACUGAUAAAAAAGUUGUAAAGAAAGAGGAAGAGGAUAAGAAGAAAGGAACCAAAAAUGGAGACACCAUUGUGAAGAAGAGGGAAAAGAAAGUUUAUGAUUUGCCUGGACAAAAGAGAGACGCUCCUGAGGAAAGAGACCCCUUAAGAAUUUUCUAUGAAUCCUUGUAUCAGCAAGUGCCAGAAAGCGAACUAGCAGCUAUCUGGAUGAUGGAGUCAGGUUUGCUUCCCAAGGACUUGGCGAAGAAAGUUUUUGAGAAGAAACAAAAGAAGGCCCAGCAGCUAAAGCUUGGUUCACCUAUGAAAACUGUUGUGACAGUGAAAAAGACCACUGAGUCUGUUACCAUUAAGAAGACGACAUCCUCCUCAACCUCGUUAUCCACACAGAAAAAGAAAACACCAGAUUCUGGAGCUAAAUCAAAGCAGCAGUCAAAGAAACGGAAGCUUAAGGAUGAUUCUUCUGAAGAAGACUCAGAUGAUGAUUUCGUUGCAACUCUAAAAAGCACAAAGAGACAGAGGGCCUCUUGAUGUUUCUAAUGGCUAAGCCAAAUUGUAGAUGAGA